AUGGAGGCCCAGGAAGUGAAGUCUGUGAUAAAGAGCCUCGACAAGGCGCAGGACACGAAAACAAUUGUUGAGUUAUUGGAGGUGCUGAAGAAAGAAGUGGUAGCCACAGAAAAGUUUCUCAGAGAGACCAAGGUGGGAGUGGCUGUGAACAAGCUGCGCACACAUGCGGACGUGGAAGUGAGCUCGCUCGUGAAGAAAAUAAUCAAGCAAUGGAAGGAGCAGGUUUCAAAGGAAAAGAAGUCUAGCAAGGCCCCCCCUAAAGAGUCGUCGCCAGAGACCCCUGCCGCCACCACGUCAGCAUCGCCGCCAGUGGAGAACAGAGAGAGCAAAACCUUUGUGACGUCAAAACCACGUAAUCCCGCAAACGAUGGUGUCAAUAUUAAUAUUCACGACAACUCCACGAGAAACGGGUCGAUCUCUGGUCUGUACACGGCGUUGGCCAUGACCUCCGACAAACUGCCUUCGGAAAUCGUACUAAUAGCCCAGGAGAUCGAAGCAGAGGCAUUCAAGUUGACGGAGUCCAAAGUGUCGGACCAGUACCGCAACAAGAUGAGGUCACUAAUUAUGAAUCUAAGGAAUAAGAACAAUCCAGAACUACGAGCACGGUUGCUGAGCAGAGAGAUCAAAUCGUCAAAGUUCGUCACCAUGACCAACCAGGAGCUUGCCCCAGAAGCUCUGAAGAAAGAGCUUGCCGAUCUGCACCAAAAGAACCUGUUCGACGCCCAGGGCGCGGUGCAGAAGCGUGCCAUCACAGACAGAUUUGUGUGCGGAAAAUGCAACAAGAGAGAGGUCAGCUACUACCAGAUGCAAACGAGGUCUGCGGAUGAGCCGCUGACCACCUUCUGUACAUGUGAGAGCUGCGGAAAUAGAUGGAAAUUCAGUUAA